UAAACCGAAAAAAAAAAAAUGCCGGAGGAGCGAAAAUCGAGCGCCAGUCCGGCUGACAUAAUGGCCGAAAAUGGUACAAAUUCACCGAGCAAAAGUCCUGUUAAUAAGGGUAAACUGGCACUUUCAAAGAUCACUCUGCUGGACGGCACGGUCAAAGACUUUUACACCGACAGAAAAGCGAAGGGCCAAGAGCUCCUCGACCAAAUAUGCCAGAGUAUGAAUCUCCUCGAAAAAGAUUACUUCGGUCUUGUCUAUGAAGACAAACAUGACCCUAGAAAUUGGUUGGAUCUCGACAGGAGAAUUGGAAAAUUCCUCAAAAAUGAGCCCUGGAGUUUGAAUUUUGAGGUGAAAUUCUAUCCUCCAGAUCCCUCACAACUGCAAGAGGAUAUAACUCGUUACCAGCUGUGUCUUCAAAUUCGUAAUGAUAUAAUUACCGGCCGCCUACCAUGUUCAUUCGUUACACAUGCACUUUUGGGCUCAUAUUUAGUUCAAUCGGAAGUGGGUGAUUACGAUCCGAAGGAGCACGGUGAUACCGGCGUUGACGAUAAUGACAGUAAUUACAUUCCCACAUACCUGAAGGAUUUCAAAUUCGCUCCUAAUCAGACGCCCGAGCUGUUCAGGAAAGUUAUGGAACUGCAUAAGUCUCAUAGAGGUCAAACGCCCGCUGAAGCGGAGCUUCAUUACCUCGAGAAUGCUAAGAAAUUAGCGAUGUAUGGAGUUGAUCUUCAUCCCGCUAAAGACUCUGAAGGGGUCGACAUUAUGCUAGGUGUUUGUUCUUCCGGUUUACUCGUUCACAGGGAUAGAUUGAGAAUUAAUCGUUUUGCAUGGCCUAAAAUACUCAAAAUUUCGUACAAGAGGCACAAUUUUUACAUUAAAAUCAGACCUGGUGAGUUCGAGCAGUACGAAUCGACCAUUGGUUUCAAAUUGGCCAAUCAUAGAGCAGCUAAGAAAUUGUGGAAGGUGUCUGUGGAGCAUCACACAUUCUUCCGAUUGAUGAGCCCAGAUCCAGUUAAGAAAGUAGGACUUUUGCCACACCUAGGCUCACGCUUCCGAUACUCUGGACGAACACAUUACGAAACGAGAAAAAUACCUAUUGAGCGACAACCACCUCAAUUCGAACGAUCACUCAGUGGGCGACGCAUAACAUCUCGCAGCAUGGACGCCUUAGGUGGAACCAGGCCUGUCGAAUCGUACGGCUCUGAACCGAGUAAGCGUCACACCAUGAGUUACGAACCUGAAAUAAUUCCCGACAUGGAGCACAUCGAUCAACGGCCUAGCCCCAUCAAAAACAAAAAAGACAAGAAACCAAUUGGUGGUAUUGCUGUAUUGCCACCCAGUGGGCACACGAAAAAGAACAAGAACAAGCAAAACGAGAAUGAGAAGGAGAAUCACAAUGACCUUAACACUUCUGAUUUGAUAAACGAUGGUACGUCUGUCGAUGAAAAAUCAUUGAGUAAUAAGAAGAGUACGAAAAAAGAUAAGGAGAGUCCGGGGAAACGUGACGGGGAUAAAAAGGAGAAGAUCAAGAUUCCUGUCGGUGGUUUUCUCUUUGGAAAACGUGACAAGGAGCCAAAGGACAAGAAGCAGAAGAAAACCAAGGAACUGGACGAUUCUAUCGACCCGAGUGACGAGUCAAAUUUGUCAGUGUCAUCACGACAACCUCAACCUGUUGAACCAAUGCAGACAUCCCCCGAGUCUCCGACUCUACCUGGUUACACAAAGCCAUAUAAUUACGUGGAGAAUGAAGCAGCACCGACGAAAAAGCCUUACACACCUCACGGUUUCACGUACGAGGACCGCUCCACAUCACCUUCAGGAACGAGAGAGCCCCAGUCUCCAACGUCUGCCAGCAAGAAGGCAACGGGACUUGCGUUUAAUUACGCUCCAGGUGAGGCGCAGAAAGUCGCUGAAUCCGCUGAGAAGCGAAAAACUAAAGAAGCCAUUGGAAACAAAACCCCCCCACCGCUUCCUACAACUCUACCUGGCUUGAAAACUCCGGGAAUUAACUACGUUGAAUCAGCUGGUUUGAAAGAGCAGCAGAAAACAGUACCUCAACUGGACCCCAGUCAGAAAGCCUCGGCAGCGCUGAUCGCCAGUGAACAGCAAGGGGACAUUGCAGCCUCCAAGCCCGGCGUCAUCAUCCCAUCGACUGUAGAAAAACAGCCGCAGCACUGGGUGUUGCCACUCCCCGAGGGAACAGUGAUAAUUGGUGGAAUAAUUUAUGCAACAGCAAAGGCAAAGCCACACGAUCAAAAUUCAUUAGGUCCUGAUGGAAACAAAAUAGUAGAUGGUAAAGUUUGUGGUAAGGAUGGAAAACCACUGAAAAAGGGUGACUUUGGACCUCAGGGUAUUCACAUCGCGAAUGGCCUAGUAGUGGGAAAAGACGGAAAGCCCCUUAAUCAACCUGGUAUCGGUACAAACUACGAUUCAAUUGAGAAUGGAGUAAUCUGCGGACCGAAUCAUCGACCCCUCAAUCAAAGCUCCUUGGGGCCCGAAUAUUGUCUGAUAAAGGAGGGAAAAAUAGUGGGUAAAAAUGGAAAACCAAUUACACUCGAUAAACUCGGAGCCGAUGGCAGUUGCAUUAAGGACGGCCUCAUAUUUUCCAAUAGCGAUAAGCCACUGACUCAGGGCUCAUACGGUGCAGAGGGCUAUUACAUUGUUGGUGGCAUUGUAUGCGCCCACAAUGGCAAAUCAAUCAAUCAAAUGGCACUUUUGCCGGAUGCGACAUACAUCUCUAAUGGUUUGAUCUAUGGGCGCGACGGUAAACUACUCUCCAGCGGUGAUAUUGGACACGAUGGUAAUUACAUAACUGAGGGAAAGGUUUACGCUAAAGAUGGUAAACCAGUGAAGAACGAGGUCUUCAGUUCAGACAGUUCAUUCGUGAAGGAAGGUGUUGUCUACAAUAAAGAGGGAAAACUCUUGAAUCAGGGAUCUCUGCUGCCCAACGGUGCCCACCUCAAGGACGGAAAAGUCGUCGGUAUCGAUGGCAAAAACAUCAAACACGCGUACUACCAGAGCGAUGGUAGCUUCGUCAAAGACGGAAUUAUUUACGGAAAAGACGGCAGACCCCUCAAUCGAAUUCCACUAAUUGCCGAGGGUAGUUAUGUAAAAGAGGGAAUUAUUCAUGAUAGAAAUGGAAAGCCUCUCAACCAGAAUCUCUUCAAGCCCGACAGCAUUAUCAUCCGCGAGGGAGUCAUUUGUGAUGCUGGGGGUAGACCCCUGGCCCAAGGAUUCCUCGGGGAUAAUUUAAUUAUCAAGGAUGGAGUUGUACUGGGGAGGGACGGUAAACCCCUGAAACAAGAGUCUUUCGGCUCCAACGGAAGUUCCAUUAAGAAGGGCGUUGUCUUUGCGAAGAACGGAAAGCCCCUGAAUCAGGAUUGUCUUGUGCCGGAUGGGGCAUCUAUCAGAGACGGAAAAGUGUGCAAUAAAGAUGGUAAACCCAUCAAGUCAUGUUUCUUCAAGUCCGAUGGUAGUUUUGUAAAAGACGGUCAGAUCUACGGUAAAGAUGGAAAACCAUUGAAUCUGAGCUCUUCUCUGCCAGCUGACUGUUAUAUUCAAAACGGAGUAGUGUUCGAUCAUACAGGAAAACCCCUGACAAGUAGUAUCUUCGGUGCUGAUGGCUCUUAUGUAUCCGCUGGUCUCAUUCACGACAAAGGUGGAAAUAUCGUGAAGGAAGGAGUCUUCGGACCGGAUGGCAAUAAAAUCAAGGAUGGCUUGGUAAUUGGAAGAGAUGGCAAGCCACUGACUCAAGACGACAGAGGUCCGGAUAAUAUCGCUGUUUUGGAGGGGAAAAUUGUUGAUGUCAGUGGAGCACCGAAGAACCUGGCAUCUCUUGUCCCAGAUGGCUGUUACAUUCGCGAUGGUGUUGUUUAUGACACUAAUGAGAAACCUCUGAAGCAGGGGGCAUUCAGGCCGGAUGGAGCAUACAUCCGAGACGGAUUAAUUUACAACUGGGGUGGAUCCCUCUUGAAUGCUGGUAGCCAACUGCCAGAAGAUUUUUAUGUUCAGCAAGGCAGGAUUUAUGGUAAAGACGAUAAACCUCUUAAUCACAGCUCUUUCGGAACUGAUGGAUCCUUCAUACAGAAUGGUUUUGUCUAUGACAAAGAUAUGAAACCACUGGACCAUGGAAUCUUUGGUAACGAGGGUGGAUAUAUUCAGGAUGGCGCAGUUUAUGCUGCAGAUGGAAAACCUCUAAAUAAAAAACAGACGACGACGAUCACCAUCAGUCUCGUACGCUAUGGAUUAAUGUGUGGAGAUGACGGAAAACCCAUUGUAUCCGCACCAUUCGACAAUUGCGGAAAUACCAUUAAAAAUGGACGGAUAUACGACAAAAAUGGAAAACCUUUGAAUCUAGAGUCACUGGGUUCUUCUGGUCAGUCCAUCAAGAAUGGCCUCAUCGUCGGCCCCAACAGUAAGCCAGUGACGCAAGGACCAUUAAAACCAGAAACUAGUUUUGUUAAGAAUGGAAGAGUGUAUUCAGCAGAUGAUCAGCCCCUAACGCAAGAGGCUUUCGGUCCUGAAGGUCUCAAGGUCAAGGAGGGUGUUAUCGUUGACAAGACUGGCAGGCCUAUCAAGCAGGCACCUUUCGACAGUGAGGGGAAUUACGUGAAAGAUGGGCUCGUUUAUAACAUCGCUGGAAAACCACUCGAAAAGCGUUACACGACGACAACGAUUACAAUUGUCAAGAGAGGGCUUGUUUAUAAUAACAGUGGAAAACCGGUGGAACACGGAGUGUUCGGGGAUGAUGGAAGUUACAUCAAGGAUGGAAAAGUCUAUGGCACGAAUAAUAAACCGUUGAAUCAGGAGAUCUAUGGGGAAGAUGGUGGAUAUAUCAGGGAAGGGAUCAUCUACACGAAGUCUGGUCAACCGUUGGAACGGGAGCCGUCGCCUGUCGAGACUGCAACGACCCCCAAAAUUUCGGCUCUCUCGAAAAUUAAGAAGACUCUUGUACCUGCUAGCACUCCAACCAUAGUCAAAACUACAACCAAACAGUCUGUUGUCAAGGACCAAGAGGGAUUGACGCAGAAUAUAGAGGAGAAGAUUGAGGACCUCACACCUGGCGGAACUGGACAAGUCACGGUGAACACGCAAGUCAAUAAGGCAGAUGCACAAGAUGAUGGUAGAGCUCCGUACAUGACUGCUACGGCCGUAACAACUCGAACAGCAACUAUGCAUGAGGAUCUUGAGAAAAAUCAAAAGACAAGUCAGGUUGAGGAAAAGACAGUAGCACAUACGACAGCUACAAGUGCCACCAGACAGGAGCAACGUGUUGUCACCCAGGAAGUUAAGACCACGAGUCACGUACUCACCGGAGAACAGCUGUUCACACGACGUCUAAGUACAUCGAGUUCGAGCAGCGGUGAUUCAGGUACACCAAUUGACCUUGACGACGAUCAGCAGGCUUUCUACAAUCAGUAUUAUCAGGGAGACGCAGGUACUGUGGCAACAGAGACCCAGAUAUUCUCAGGUCAGCCAGCGAGCAAUGUAACAGCGACAAGUACAGUGCCUCUCGUUGCCACCGAAACGAGAAAAGUUGCACUGGAGAAUGACGAUGGUAGCUACACUGUUAGCGGUGAAAUAGUGAGUUCUCAAACGAUUUCAAGCAAAACCAGGACCGUCGAAACAAUUACGUAUAAAACGGAAAAAGAUGGUGUAGUUGAGACGAGAAUGGAGCAGAAGAUAACAAUACAAUCGGAUGGAGACACAGCCGAUCACGAUCUCGCACUGGAGCAGGCUAUUCUGGAGGCAACCAAUAUGAAUCCAGACAUGACUGUGGAGAAGAUAGAAAUUCAAAAGACAUCACAAUAAUAGGUUUUAAAACGAAUCGUUGUACUGAGUUCUGAAAGAAGCCCUGUCUACAAGGUAAACUCAUUCCCUCAAUUUCAAAAUUAUCUCAAAUUAAAUUCGCUGAUGAACGAAGAAUUCGUAAAAUCGACAGGGUGAUUUUUAGAGUUUAUAACAGUGUAAUAAUAAUUAUGAUAAAGGAUGAACAAGAAAAAUCGGCUGAGACAGCGGUAUGAGUGCCAAUUGCACAAAUAUAGAAGACUGUCCUCAUCCGAUACGCCGAUCGCAUCGAUAUUUCAAAUUGAAAUGUGUGAUAGAAUUAUCUUCGACACAAUUGACGGCUUCUGUUUGUUAUGACGUUUCAUUUCUGAUAGUUUAGUGAAGAUUAAACUUGGUGCAACAAAUCAAUUCAAUGCAUACAACGCAAUAAUGCGCUUCAAUUAAAUGGAGAAAAUGAAGAAUGUUGCUUCACUGCGAUAAUCCUCUGUAUAGUAUGAUUUUAACGUUUGGUAUUAGGUUCUUUUUCACUAGCGGAUACCAUUGGACAUGAAUAUAUAAAAUUAUAAAUGAAUAUAUUAUAUUAUAUUGAAUACAGGAGAAAGAGAAAGAGUUAGAGGUGUCCGGAGUAUGGAUAAAUAUAUAAAUAGUUUGAAAGGCCAAAAUCAUCGCGUUUUCCUUGGACAUGAGCAGGGGGUACUUCAUCAAAUGUCGUAUGUACUGAGGAAUCAUUGGAAUAACUUUCCAAAAUUCAAUGAAAAAACACCAUUGAGAUUGUAUGGGUAGUACUACAUACAUCAGUUGAAACGUGUAGGUUUUGUCAAUUCAAGCAUUACAUAUUAAUAAUUUAAUAACGAUUAAUUAUAGAUUAUAUUACCAAGAGCAGAUUUGCAUUGGUCAGCGUAUAUGUCUAAAUCUAGCUGUAGCUUCUGUAGUCAUAGGGAGUAUGUGGGCGUAUGAGGAUGUACAAUUUUUGUUUCUUAUUCUCUCUAAAUUAUCCCUCCAACAUUGUUUUUCAUUAACUAAUAAAUAUGUAUUAAUUUUAUACAUAAUUUUUUCAUUCGGCAGCAACUUUGUUUCCUUUUUAUUCAGAUGAGAUAUUGCACAACCAUUGAUCGAGAAAUUUAAUAAUUUAUUAAUGGAUUAUCAACACUUGGAAUGUGUCUGUGCCACCGCACAUAAUAGAAAAACAAAUAAAAUGCGAAUAUGCGAAUCCAUACGUUCGAUCAAGUCGUUUAUUUUUCUACUUUUGCAUACUUAUAAUACGCUCGAUGUAUGGAAUACUUUUGUUUCAUAGCGAAUAAUUUAUUAGAAUUUGUGAUCGAAAUUUUUUAAUUCGUGCACACACACGUUUGCAUCGUUUCUAACAUUCCACGCUUAUAGUAAUCAACUUUGUGCAUUAUAUUCGUAAUUGUAUCAUCUUAUUUUUUAAAAAUGCAAAAACCAGACGUUUGCAUCGGAAUUUUAAGAAUAACUAUUCUCAUCAUUUUUAUCAUUUGCAUUUUAGCAAUUUUUAACCCAUUAUCAAACAGUGGUACAACAACGGUAUUAUCGAUAAUCCAAAAUUGAAGGGUAAUUAAAUUCAAGAAGGAUGCAUUAAUUAUUAACUAUAUAAAUAUGAGCACGCUGAUUGUAAUUGUCAAAAUAAGAAAGAGAAUUAAACACCAUUUGUGAAUUUUUAUAUUGAGUUAUUGAAUCUUUUGUUAUGAUGGUAUGUAUUGAUUAUAUCAGAGUGGAACAACGGGCUAAUGAUAAGAUGUGUUCAAGAUAAUUUUUCCCAGCAGCAUAAUAAUAUAUUAUACCAAAAUA